AUGAAGAAUAUAGUUUUCUGUAGACCAUUAAUUAUUGCACUUAAAAGAGGAUUAAAUAAAAGAUUCACAAGAUAUAUGGAGUCAAAUAUGUGCCAAGUGGCUGCCUGUUUGAUACCAAAAUUCAAACUCAAUUGGGCUGUAGAAGAUGAUCGAAACAACAUAAAAAAUUCACUUAUAGAAACAUUGGAAACCAUAAUAGAUAACGCAUCAUUAACAAAUUCCCAAGAUCUACAAUCUACAUCUAACACAACAUCUACUGAACAUCAUAAUAGUGACAUUGAGGAUGAUUUUUUUAAUUUUGAGGAAAAUAAUUCAAUAAUUUCAAAUAUUGAUUAUAAACUUCUUGUUGACAAUUAUUUAUCAAAUACAAAUAUUAAUCUCCUUCAGAGUUACCAAAUCCCCUUAAAGAAUUAUACAUCAAGUAUAACACUGCCGUUCCUUCAUCUGCUCAUGUUGAGCGGCUCUUUAGUGCUGGAGGACAGUUAUUAA